AUGGUUCUGCGGGACCAAGAUCUGGACACCAACAUCGUCCGCUGGGGCCUCCACCACCUCCUCGACGGAGGAGGCGCCGGUUACGGCCACUGCGCCCGCCUUCCCCAGACACCCACCACCGACUACGCCCCCACGCCGCCGCCGCCGCAGACCCUGCACGCCCUCCUCGGCGGUCCGGCGGGCGUCGAGGUCACAAUCCACGCGGUCGAGAGCGACGAGGUCAUCGCGCACGCGCUGCAGGAGGAGCUCGCCCAGGUCGCCAUGGCCGAGGCCGAGGGGGGAUCCGCCGACGACGAGCAGCGCGCCACCGUCCUCGCGCAGCAGUGGUUCCGCCCUGAAAUCGUCCAUCAUCUACCCUCAGCUCCGCCUUAUGUAGAAGAGGAACAACCAGUGGCCUCCAGGGACCACUUCAGCUCCUGCUCCAGCCCUGAAGAUAACGAUGCCCAAGAUUGCCCGAUUGAGCUUGUGGAUGAUUUCUCUGCUAUUGACGGCGAGGUCGGAAAAAGAUUGAACGACAUGCUUCCUGUUCCUCAUGUUCCUAAAACAAAUGGAGAGAUUCCCUCUGUUGACGAAGCCUUCUCAGAUCACCGUAGACUUCUUGACAGGUUGGUGUUGUAUGGCUUGGUUGAGCUCAAGGUAAACGGAGAUGGCAAUUGUCAGUUCCGGGCAUUGUCUGAUCAAUUUUACCGCACUCCUGAACAUCAUAGAUUUGUACGGCAGCAAGUGAUGAAGCAGCUUGAAUCCCAUCCUGAGAUAUAUGCUGGAUAUGUUCCUAUGGAUUACAGAGAAUAUCUUAAGAAGAUGCCAAAGAAUGGGGAGUGGGGUGACCAUGUUACCCUGCAGGCUGCUGCGGACUCGUACGGGGUGAAGAUCUUCAUCCUGACAUCCUUCAGAGAUACAUGCUACAUUGAAAUCCUCCCUGUCGUGCAAAAGUCAAAAAGAGUUAUAUGUCUGAGUUUCUGGGCUGAGGUGCACUACAAUUCGAUAUAUCCAGAAGGAGAGUUGCCCGUCGUGGAGAACAGGAAGAAGAGCUUGUCGUCUGAUCGACCGUCGUUCUGUUCGACCAUGUGAUCAGAGGGAUCUGGGGAGCUGCAAUUGAUUUAGGAUUGAGAUCGACUGACGGCUGUUCAUUCUUUGUACAUAGUAGUACUCUAUAUAUAGCAUCUGUACAGUGCAGGCCAGUAGAAGAAAUAGGUUUCAGCUGAUUCUGUCGUGUAUAAUGGAA